CAUGUGGCGUCUCUCCAUCAAUAAUAACUCAAAACAAGAAUGACUCAAACACCAGAGCAAAAUUUUGAAGAAGAAAAGAGCUACAGUGUAGAGAACAUGAGGGGUCUGACAACACCUUUACAAUCAAAGUAUUGGCACCCAACAGCCCAAAACAACUUCAAAAACUCAGAAAGUUUCAAUCUUUACCGUCACCCAGUUCAGUUUAAUGGAAAAAACAACAACCCCUUAUCAAGAAAAGUGAAACCCAUCUCUUGUUUUGCUUCAGAGAACCCAAAUCAACCAAUCUUGAAAGAAUCAAAGCCUCCAUUGGUAGUAGUUGGAUCAGCUAAUGCAGAUAUCUAUGUGGAGAUUGAUAGGUUACCAAAAGAAGGGGAAACAGUUUCAGCCAAGACAGGUCAAACAUUGGCUGGUGGGAAAGGGGCUAAUCAAGCUGUUUGUGGUGGAAAACUUUCGUAUCCAACUUUUUUUGUUGGUCAAGUUGGUGAAGAUGCUCAUGGGAAAUUGAUUACUGAAGCAUUAGAGAGUGGUGGGGUUUGUUUGGAUUACCUUACUACUGUUUCUAAUGCUCCAACUGGACAUGCUGUGGUGAUGCUUCAGUCUGAUGGGCAGAAUUCGAUUAUCAUUGUUGGUGGUGCAAACAUGUCUUGUUGGCCUGAAGAAUUGUCAUCUGAGGAUUUGGAGAUUGUGAGAAGUGCAGGGAUUGUGUUGCUCCAGAGGGAGAUUCCAGAUUUUGUUAACAUCCAAGUUGCAAAGGCUGCCAGGAAUGCAGGUGUUCCAGUUAUUCUAGAUGCUGGUGGUGCCGAUUCUCCAAUCCCUCCAGAACUUCUUCGUUGUGUUGACAUUUUCAGUCCAAAUGAAACUGAGCUGGCUCGCAUAGCAAAAAUGCCAACAGGAAGUUUCGAACAAAUCAGCCAUGCAGUGGAGCAGUGCUAUGACCUGGGAGUUAACCACGUCCUUGUUAAACUCGGGGCCAAUGGAUCUGCUCUGUUCACCAAAGGGGAGGAAACCUUGCGGCAACCCAUUAUUAAAGCUGCAAAAAUCAUUGAUACAACAGGAGCUGGUGACACUUUUACAGCUGCUUUUGCAGUGGCCCUAGUGGAGGGCAAAUCUAAAGAGGAAUGUUUGAGAUUUGCUGCUGCAGCAGCUUCUCUAUGUGUUCAAGUGAAGGGAGCCAUUCCAAGCAUGCCCGAGAAGAGAGCAGUGUUCAAUCUUCUUCAGUCAGUUUGAAGACUUGGGGUUUCCUUUAUCAUCUCCUUGUACAAAAAAAAUAAGAGUAUUGCUUCACAUUGGUGAAAAGACUUUCUUUAUUUCUUGACAUGAAGGUUCUCAGGUUGAUGAGUUGAAGUUCCGCACUCUUGAUUUUCAUGAAGAGGACUGCUGUGGAGCACUGGCUAACUUCAGGUAGCACUAAUCUGCAUAUUUUGCAGCUGAUGUGUUCCGCUAGUUAAUAUUUGGGAUUGAAGAUACAGCUCUGAAAUGCUUACUCUAUUUUUUUUUAAAGAGCUGCUGGUGUAGUAUAUUAUUUUUUGUUGCGCUUCUGUCAUCUGAGCUGAUAAAUAACUCCAGGCAGACGGUUAGCAUAGCUGGUCCUGUAUGCCAGGAAACUAACGAUAAAGAGACACAGUAUUUUAUUCUUGAGCCUUUGUUAAUCGUUACUGUUUGUUGCUUAGAAUGCCAGCUUUGAAAAUCUUGAAUGACAUUUGACUGUGUUUAAAGUGAUCAAAUAAGUCUCCUGUUCCUGACUAA